GCGUAUGUUGCUUCAACACCCGCCUUAAUUAAAUGUGUGUCUGUGAUUGAUCUCCCGCAAUUUUAGGCUGAAAAAAGAAGAAGAAGAUGGUCCAAAUAUGUAUAAAAAUGUCAUUGGGUCAAUCCUGUCCUGAGUGGACAAUCAUAGAACUCCAAGGAGAUCUUGAAAUGCGAUACCCUGUGCCAUUAGAGGGUAAAUUUAUUGGAGAUUUACAUUUCACAACUAAAGAACAACCUGUUCUUAUCAUUGGCCACCAUAUCCUCUACGGAAAAAAGAUGCAACUUGAGAAACCUUUUGCUGUUUUGACUCGGCGCCAUCUUGAAACAAGUGAAGAGACGGAUGAUGACUCAGCAAAGAGAGCAACCGAAUAUGGAGUGGAGGCCCUCAUAAAAACAAAAUUGCUGUUCAAAACACGACCAAAGCCAAUUCUUGCGCACGUUCCAAAGAAAGUCUGAUAUUUUAUGUUUGUAAUUAUUAUUGAAACGUGGAAAAUUUUAUUAUGAAAUACCAAAGACCAUUUCUCUAUCUCCCCAAAGUCUCUGUGGUCUGUAUUUUGGUAUAGCCAGCUGCAAAUCAUUGCACUUCUCUGAGAAGCAGCAUAAUAUUCCAAAACCAUUUUCAAAAUGAAGGGCAAAGAAGAAGUGAGGUUGUCUAUUGUCUUGUUUACAAGACCUACAUUCUUUGCAAGGAACUCUAGUGUUUUCUUUCUAAAACAUAUUGAACUUACUAUUGUAUAAAGACCAUUUAUUGCAGUUGAUAUUCUUUAAAACAGUUCUGUCUCCAUAGUAUGGAAAGUGGCAAAAAUCCCUUGUUUAUCUAAAACUUAUAUUUCACAAAUUUUUCAACUUCUCCCAAAAUUCUGCCCUAAAACUGGUU